CGUCGCGCCGAACAAAUCACAAAACCGUACCGUCAGUAACGUUGUCACUGGGACAAAUUCUUGUGUUUUAUUAAAUAAAAAUCUAAAUUCAUCGUAACCAUGUCCGAGGCUUUCUUCGAUGAGUACGACUACUACAAUUUCGACCAUGAUAAGCACAUCUUCUCUGGACACAGUGGCAAACAACGUACGAAGAAGGAGGUAAGCGAGCACACAAACCACUUCGAUCCGUCCGGCCAUUCGAGAAAGAUCGUUACCAAAAUGGUGAACACACAGAAUAAUAAGAAAGCGAACAACAAGAAUUAGAUACUUAAGUGUGUUAAAUAAUGACGAUAAAGGCUUGUGUAUGGACAUAUGAUUUACCGAGCGAAAGGAGGUCGUUGUGGCAGACGCCCGACAUAAUUGGGCCACUGCUUCUCAAAAGAGAUCAAUGGAACAUCCAAUGCGGUUCCUGCAGAUGCAGAAAUUCCAUGCGCAUACAUGAUAUAGGAAGCAAAACCGAGGCCACUCAGAGUUGAACCGGGAAGUGACUGCUGAACUAUAAGUGCACACCAGUGAUUCUAUUUUGGACUUAACAUCGUUCCAUGUAACUGAUCUCAUCUCAAACUGGGCUUGUUGUAAAGCCCAAAUUUUGCUGUGUUAUUAAUUCCUAGUUAGAUUAUUUUACAUUAAUUCUGUAUCUUUCACGGGGUACACAAAGGACUGUAAUAAUAAUUUAAGGCAAUAAAUAUUAAUUAAUUAAACUAA